AUGUCGAGACGUCCACUAGGUUAUGCUGUACAAAGAAUUCCAGUGCACAACGUGACAGAAGUCACCAUGUUUAUACUAACAGGCUUCACAGAUGAUGCUGACUUGGAAGUUUUCUUAUUUCUCUUCUUUUUUGUGAUCUACCUUUUCACUCUUAUAGGAAACUUGGGGUUGGUUUUUCUAGUCAUUGAAGAUUCCCGGCUUCACAGCCCCAUGUACUAUUUUUUAAGUGUUUUAUCCUUCCUAGAUGCCUGUUAUUCCACGGUUGUCACCCCAAAGAUGUUGGUCAAUUUUCUUUCAAAAGAUAAAUCCAUCUCAUACCCUGGAUGUGUGACAGAAAUGUUUCUCUUUGUUACUUUUGGAACUACAGAAUGUUUUCUGUUGGCUGCAAUGGCCUAUGACCGCUAUAUAGCUAUCUAUAACCCACUUCUCUAUGCAGUGAGCAUGUCACCUAGAGUCUACAUACCUCUAAUCAUAGCUUCUUAUGCUGGUGGAAUUAUGCAUGCUACCAUACACACAGUGGCUACUUUUAGCCUUUCUUUCUGUGCAUCUAAUGAAGUUAGGCAUGUCUUCUGUGAUAUCCCUCCAUUGCUUGCUAUUUCAUGUUCUAACACACAUGUAAAUCAGCUUCUGCUGUUCUAUUGUGUGGGUGCUAUUGAGAUUAUCACCAUCUUGAUUGUCCUGGUCUCUUACAGUUUCAUACUCUUUACAAUUCUUAAGAUGCAUUCUGCUGAAGGGAAGAGAAAAAUCUUCUCAACCUGUGGCUCUCAUCUGACAGGAGUGUCCAUUUAUCAUGGGACAAUUCUUUUUAUGUAUGUGAGACCUAGUUCCAACUAUGCCUUGGAACAUGACAUGAUUGUGUCCACGUUUUACACUAUUGUGAUUCCCAUGCUGAAUCCCAUCAUCUACAGUCUGAGAAACAAAGAUGUAAAAGAGGCAAUGAAAAAAUUCUGUGAGAGGAAUUGGUUCCAUUCAUGA